AUGGGUCCCAGGCCAGGGCUGCGCUCUGGCGGCGAGCUCGGUGGCCGCUUCCUCCCGGGCGUGGAUUAUUUCGGUGGCCGGAGGGGGUUGGGGAUAAGUGGGGGGGGGGUCAGGGGUGGGAAAGCCCCCGUUGCCCUUCCUGGGCCGUGUCCUGUUCACCCCGGUCCCCGUGAGGGCACAGGGGAGUCCGUCGACAUGGCCCUUGGGAUAACGAAAGAACGCCUGGAGGGGCUUGCGGCUCCCCCAAAUCCCUCCCAGACUCCAACCCCCACCGCGCACGAGGCUCCAGGGGGACUCAGAGAACUUGGGGGCGUGAGGGGAGACGGAGGGUCGGACGCUAGUGGGGGCCUCAAGACACAGGGGGUGACAACACGGCUGGAGCCUGUGCUCACCCUUACCGGGCGCUCGGUGGUGGGGUGUGACGGGGAGGGGAACCCUGUCAGGAAAGACGUGAACUUGGGGUGUAUAGUGGGUGGUGAAAGUCGUCGCUACCCCGUCCCUCCCCUUGCAGCGACAGGACAGCAGGCGGCUCUUUGCGCGCUGGGUCCCCGGCGUCCGGGCCUGACGCUGGCGGGUGGCGGCCUCGGCCUGGGGCCGGAAGCUCUCCAGGGCCUGGAGCGCAGCGUUGGCCUCCGGGCGCCGCCUCCGGGAGCCCCGGCCUGGGGAACCCGCGCGCAGCAGUUUCGUCAGAUGCGCACGAUGUUCGCGCUCGCUGCCCUGGCGCUGUCGCUGCUGCUGCUCCGGGUGCAGAUGACGGCCACCCCUGCCCCGCCCCACCUGAUUCCCACCGGGAGCCGGGAGGCCGCUGACCCGCUGGGCUGUGGGCCCCACGAGUACUGGACGGCCGGACGCUGCUGCAGGCCCUGCCCUCCCGGCCACCACGUCUCCAAGCCCUGCAGGAGCCCCCACACCCGGGGGAGGUGCGAGGCCUGUGCCCCCGGGACGUUCACAGCGCACCCCAACGGUCUGCCCGCCUGCCUGCCCUGCUCCACCUGCAGCCAGGACCAACUGGCUGUGCAGGAGUGCUCCGCGGCCAGCGACCGGCGGUGCCAGUGCCAGGACGGCCGCUUCCACCGGGCCGCGGGGAGCGAGGGGCCCUGCAGGCGCUGCAGCACGUGCCCCAAGGGGAUGGCCAUCCUGCAGAAAUGCAACGCCACAGCGGACACGGUGUGCGGGGAGGCGCGUUCAGGCGGGAGACACCACCUGUGCGUGAUGGGAGGCGCUGGGAUUCCCAUACUGGCUGCAGUGCUCCUGUACUUCUGUUCAAAGCGAAGAGGUGGCGAGCGGUGCUGCGUGGGGUGUCAGCCCCCCUGGGACGGAUGCGCUGAGCGUGUGACCCAGACACAGUCCCCCCGGAGCCCGGGACAGGCCAGGGCCCACCUCACCCCCCAGCGGGGCGGCCGUGCCUCAGGCUGCACCAGGAUGGGCUCCAAGAGGACAGUGUCGGUGCCCGAGCCCAGCUCUCAAGGCCGUGGAAGGCUGAGGACCCAGAGCUGGGGGGAGCCCUAGGGUCUCGGGGUUCCACUCACGGGGGCGACACCAAGGGGCCAGGGUUGGCCAGGGUCAUCCAAGCUGCGGUCAGGGUCCCACUGAGCCCAGAGCUGACUGCACAGGGUCCCCAGGCCCUGCUGAAAAGACAUGAAUCUCCCGAGUCCAAAGGAACUAAUUUACGAUUAAAGGAAGACUUAAAGGCAGAGAAGAAAUCUGGAUUUGGGGACAAUUUGGUUUUGAAAUGGAAUAUACAGUCUAAAAAACCAGAUGAGGUGGAAGGUUGGGAGCCUCCAAAAAUUGCAGCUGAAGAUGUAGCAGCUGAUUCAGGGGACACCUUGAGUGACCGCUGUCCUGGCCAGCCGGGGAGGAUGACACUAAGGGCCCACUGAAGUCACCACCGGCCAGCUCAGGAAACAGCUGCAGGGGGAGCGUGGACUCAGCGGGAAAGGUGGUCGGGAUUAGAGGGCAAAGCAGAGACAACCUGCUGACACCGGGAAGAGUCAGUGACAGUGAAGGAGGAAACACUAUGCAACGAAAAAGCCCCCAAUCUCCAUAUACCUUCAAACCAAUAUUGGCUUAAUAUUGCACUUUUGUAUAUAAUUUUAUCAAUUAUCUUAGAAUUUGCUGGUACCAUAGUAUUUUUUAUUAGUGUAUCAUUAAGCUGUUUAGUCUGUUUCCCAUAUUAAAAACAGCAGAGAAUCUUAUUUCUUGCCUAUGGUUCACAUUUGGAAUUUUAUUAUUAUAUGCUGAAUUUUGAAAUUCCCAAACAUACUGUGAUUCUUAGUGAAUAUAUACAUGUGUUGUACAUCUGAUUUCCUUAUUGUACAAUUUUCAAUCCAUGUGUCGCUGAAGCAGGGAUGUGAAUUUUUGAUGCUGUCCCCUAAGUUAUCAGGUAUGAUUUGCAGUUUGCCACAAAAGUAUUUUCGUGCCGUUCUUAGUUGUAUUUCUUGGUUUCAGAGUUCACAAACUUUAUUCUUUCCUGCAACAUAUAUAUGCAGUCUGUGAACAAGGAGGACGCAGUUGUGAAAUUCUUUUCUGUUGCCAGAAAAUUGCAAUCCAGGUGGCAAAAUGAACCUUCCAAAGGUUGUAUUAAAUGUGUAACAAGUUAAAAUUUCUUAUGAUUAAAGGAAAAAAUAUGUAACCAAAUUAAAAAACAAACAAACAAACAAAGGACUCCUGUCUCCAAGGCUCUACUCGACUUCUAAGGCCCCUGAUGGUGGAUGUAUCAGCACGUCUGGUGGCUCUACGGCAUAAAUGUCUUAAAAGUUCUCCCUUGAGGAGAGCCAGGCCCCUGCUCUCAAUCCCCCGGGAGGGAACCUCUGCUGGGAGUGGGACCCCCAGAGCCUGCCCAGGCCCCUCCCUCCUCCAGGAGAGCAGGAGGAGAGACCCGGUCCCAGGUGACGGUCAAGGCCGUGGCCGUGCUCGCCAACCGGAAGAUUGGGGGCUGCUGGACGGGGAUGCAGUGAGUUGGGUGCUCUUUUUUUUCACUUUUAUAUUCCAUUCUUAUUUUUAUUCUUUUUGGUGUAAGAAAAAUGUUCAAAAAUUGAUUGGGGUGAUGAACACACAACUAUAUGAUGGUACUGUGAACAGUU